GUUAUAAUUUGUGGUGGUUGCAUUUUAUCAGUGGCAGAAGCUAACAGUGAUUGAGCGGUCGAGAAAGAUGGGUUUGGAAUCUGUGGGAGAUUUGGCGAUUAACGUUAUUCUGAAGAAAUUAGGAGCAGAAGACAUUGCGAGGGUGGCGUGUGCCAGCAAAAGGUUUAGGUCUUCCGCUUCCGAAGACACUCUUUGGAUGAAUCUCUGUUUCCAUGAACUCGCUCUGACCCAACCCCAAGAUCAUCUAGGAAACCUUCUCCCUUCCUUCAAGGAAUGUUAUCAAACAUGGAGAGGAGCUUUUUCUAUGUAUCCUUGGUCUCUUGUUAGGCGUGUAAAAAGGUGCUGGGAUAGGAUACAGACCUGGUUGGCCAAUAAUUUUCCUGAAGCUGAGGCCACUCUUUGUAAAGGUGCAACAGAAGCUGACAUUGAGGAGUUGGAGAAUGUAUUAAAGGUGAAAUUGCCACUUCCUACAAGGAUCCUUUAUCGCUUUCAUAAUGGACAAGAAAUAGCGAAAACAGAUCUGGAGACUAGCACAUUUGGUAGUUCUUUGGGUCUAAUUGGUGGCUACUCCUUCUACAGUCAUUUGGUGAAUGUUUAUUUAUUACCAAUACGUCAUAUAAUUCUAGAAACUCAGCAACAUAGGCGUUGCAGGGGCUUUUUAAGAAGAUCCAAGUUUGUUCUCAUGGCUGCUUCAUCCACACACAGUGAAAAGUUGUUUUUCCUCAACUGUACCAAUGGUCAACUAUAUGUUGGAACUAGGAAUAUUCUUACUGAUAGAGACAUAAUCCCUUGUGUACCUCAUGAUCUGAUUCAUUUACAUCAGGAAGUGAAUAGUGGAGAGCAACAAGAUGCCAUGCUACUGUGGUUAGAAGAACAUGGUCACCGUCUAGAACAUGGCGUUAUCAAACUUCGGGAUGAAGUAAAUGGCAGAAGCAUUAAUCUUUUCCCAGAAGAACCCCCUUUUUGUUCAACGGCUAUUACUAAUGGUGUGAAGGUUUGUGCUUCUGCGUUGGUUAUCCCUGAGUUGAUUGAUCUUCAACAUGACUUUGAAAAGUACUUGUUUGCUUAUUCAAUCCGCAUGUCCCUUGAACCUCAAGGAUGCAUCAUUAAUGGAAUGACCUUCAACUCUUGCCAGCUCCAUUGGAGGCACUGGAUCAUCCGUGCCAAUGAUAUUGUUGUAUCUGAUGUCAAUGGAGAAGCUGUUAUAGGACAGUUUCCACUUUUGCGUCCUGGUGCUAAAGAAUUUGUUUAUCAGAGUUGCACACCUCUACCAAUAUCAUCAGGUUCCAUUGAAGGUUCUUUUACAUUUAUACCUGGCAGAUUGGCAGAGCCAAAAGGAGACCCUUUUCUAGCUACAGUGGCACAUUUCCCGCUGCAGCUGCCAGAGUAUAUUUUCUGAUUUUGAUUCUGGUAUCUUUAAUGGAAACUGCAGCUCCAAGAUUUUGUUUGGCCGCAUUAUGUCACUUCCGUGAGUGUUGCUUGGUUGUUGUGACCCUUGUGAGAGUAUGUAGUGUAGUAACUAGUAAUAAUUGGGUUUCUCGCGUUCUUGACUUGUCUCUUAACUUUCUACCCUUCACUCGCACAAAUCUAUAUGCAUGCAAUUCAUAUUUAGUAUUGUGUGUGUGCGGACUCUUCUUUUUUGUGUGUGUGGGGUCAUAGUGGUGGUUUGAAAUGUAUUAUCUACGCAAAGGAAUGUCAUAGAAUCCCAUCCA